CUAAAAAAUUCUUUUCAUUUCUUAUCUCGUCGUCCUUCAAUCUUCAAUCAAAAGAUCGAUAAAAGGCGACGAGAGGGAAUUAAAGAAAAAGUAAAGAAAAAAUAUCAAUAAUCUAUCAAAGAAUUCAACUCCUUCACAUUCAUUUUAAUCAUUCAAUUUGAAUGGUAAAAUUAAAAUUCCAAUAAAGAAACAAUGACAGAAUCUAUCCAAUUACUACAAAUCAAUAUUAUUUCAGCUCGAGACCUAGCAACGGUAGCAAGAUCAAUGAACACUUAUGUUGUAGGGUGGGUUAACCCGAACCGAAAACUAACAACCCGAGUCGACCAUAGGGGAAAUAACUCCCCCGAAUGGAAUGAUAGGUUCGUCUUUCGGGUCUCACCAGAGUUCCUUGUAUCCAGCACUUCAACAGUUGAGUUAGAGAUAUACUGCCAAACUUGGCUACGUGACACUCUUGUCGGGUUUGUUCGAGUAGCCGUGCCUAACCUACUCCCCACAGAUAGCCCUAACGGGCUAACUCGUCGAUCAGUUGCUCUCCAAAUUCGUCGUCCUUCGGGCCGACCUCAAGGUAUCCUUAAUGCCGUUGUCUCGGUCCUAGAUGGGGCUAGACGAAGCAUGCCAUUGUCUGGAAUCGGGACCACAAAUGAUAAGGGGAAUAACACGAUCUCACGCAAACCAAAUCCAGAAGAUAGUAUUAUCUUACGUCGGGCAAAGAGUGAGCGCUCCUGGGCGGCAAUGGCCGACCAGGAGCCUCGUGCUGCUAAGUCCCCCUUCAAGGGCCAUGACCCAGGCCCAGGACCGGGUCAUGGGCCGGGCCCAGGCUCAAGUAUAGGCGGGGGGUCAUCCAUCUGUAACUCUGAUGUAGGACCAUCAGCAUCGGUGGUGGCAGCGGCGGUGGCAAGGGGGUUGUACAUGCCGCCAGCGCAACGAGGUCGUGGUCGUGGACGUGGUCGUGGCAAAGAGAUAAUAACUAAUAAUGAUGAUGAUGGGAGCUCUAUUUUGCAAUGGGCGGAUGAGCAAAGUGAGGACGGGAUAGUGACAAAGAUUGAGAGGUGGAAAAUGGAGAUGCAAAAGUCGUUGCACGGCGGCGGCAGAGGAAGAAAAGGUGGUGGUGGCCAAGUAGGUGAUGGUGCAAGGCACAAACAUAAGCACCGACGAUCAAAAUCAGAAGGCGGGAGAUUAUUUAGGUGCUUUGGUAAGGCGUAUGGUUUUGAACUUACAAUUGUUUGUGGGUCCAAUGGAAACGAUAAACAAAAUAACAAAAGUGGUCAGAAAAAGGUGCAUCAUAAUAACACCACGUCGGACGAUGAGAGUAACAGUCAAUCCUACAUUAUCGUAUGAUUAAUUUUAAUCGGAUAGAUGGCCGUCAAGUGUGUUAUUAUAAAGGUAGAGUGUAUAUGAUCUUUUUUUUAACUAUCCUUUAAUUUUCUCCCCCACCCCUAAAAAUCCUUUUGUAUAAAUUUUUGAUUUUUGUCCUUCACUUUUUCUUGUGUAUAUUCGUGAUUUUUUUUUGGGUAAAUACUGCCUUAUUUCUCAGGUUAGUCAAUUACUUAUUUUGACGGCACAUUAUACUCACCGUCUUUUGUAUAUUUUCCUUCACUUUUUCAUUAUAAUUACUUUGUGUAAAUAAUUUUUUUUUUUUUUCAGUUUAAUCAUUAUUUAUUUUGACAUUAUUGAGACAUUUUAUAUCUACUAUGGAGUGUUUUUGUAAUUUUUACCUAAUGAGAAAUUGUAAUCAUGUGAAAUUUCAUUUAUUCUCUUCAAUUUAUGAUUUCAACAAACAAAUUUUAAAAAUUUUUAUAUGUAAAUAAUAAUAAU